AUGUUCGUACUAGAGAAGGUCGUCUUUGCUCUGCUCGUCAUCAACAAGGCUGGUGGACUCAUCUACAAUCGCACCUUCGCACCCGGUCUCCAGCAGCUCAACUCCAACGACUAUCUCAUCCUGGCCGGUACCUUUCACGGCAUCCAUGCCAUCUCGCGCUCUCUUUCUCCCGUCGCGCCCCCACCUGCACCGCCAGGCAAUCGUGCAAACCAAGCCACUGGCAUUCAGUCGCUCGAGUCGUCGCAUUUCCGUCUGACCUGUUUUCAAACUCCCACCGGCACAAAGUUCCUGCUCUUCACCAGCCCAGAGCAACCCAACACAGAUCAGAUCGCUCGCAGAUGUUACGACAUCUAUGCCGACUUCGUCAUGGCCAACCCCUUUUACAGUCUCGAGAUGCCCAUCCGCGUCGACAAGUUUGACAGAGCUCUGGCCGCCUAUCUCAUCCGCCCUUGA